AAAACCCUCAUUACUUUAUGUUCUUCUUCUUCUUCUUCUCUUUCGCAUCUCUGUCUCCGUUUUCUCUCCAGCAGCAGCCGAAAGGUCUUUGCACAAAAAUUUCGUUCUUCACCUCACCACCUCCGACUCGCCAUACUAGUCCACACUCACACCCACUCUUAGGUCGACGCCAUUCUCACUUUCUCAGCCUCAGGAAAUGGUUAUACCACCACCAACUAGGCCACCUAGUUUGACAAAGUAUCUCAAGCCAUAUGUCUUGAAGAUGCACUUCACGAACAAGUUCGUGACUGCCCAAGUUAUUCAUACACCAACUGCCACUGUAGCCUCUUCUGCUAGUUCUCAAGAAAAGGCAUUGAGAGGAGUAAUGGAUUCUACUCGCGAUGUGGCUGCUGCUGCAAAGAUUGGCAAGUUAUUGGCUGAGAGACUGUUGCUCAAGAAUAUCCCCGCAGUUGCUGUCCACUUGAAAAGAGAACAAAAAUAUCAUGGUAAGGUUAAAGCUGUGGUAGAUUCCGUGAAGGAUGCAGGAGUAAAGCUGCUCUAAACACGACAAGGGUCAAGAAAAUGAAAAGGGAAAUUUAUUGAAUCUGACUCUUUUUGUGUGGAAAAAUCACUUUGGCCAGAUGUUGUGGGGAAUGUAGGUGUGUUUGAUGAAAAUAAUUGUUGUGAUUGCUCUAUGGUGUUCGUGUUUGAUGAAAGAUUUUAAUCUACAACCCCUUUAAGAAUUAAGAUUGAAUGAAAAUAUGCUAACGAACAAAGUGGAAAAUGGAAAUUAGUGUCAUUUUUUUCAUUGGCAAAUGAAAAUCAAUUUGAUGUAAUUUUAUCAUACUCGAGCAAAAUACUGUAUAGAUGCCCUCAACUCUUUGAAAGUUCGAGGUUUAUAUGAUAUUUAGAUAUUUCUCGAUGUCCAAGUUGAAAAAUAUAGGGUAUUUCAUUCAUUAUCACGUCGGACAUGCUAAUUACACACACACAAAAAAUAUUCGUUAAAAAAGUUAUAUUAUAUCUAAUCAUAAAAUUUGUCAAAUUCGAUUAGAUUCCACAAUCAGAUCAGCGACGGUAAUGUACAAGAAAUCUGAGGAAAAACGGGGCUAUGGCAGUUGCUAAAGUUUCUAUUAUCUUAUGGUUGCCACAUAGUUUAUAAUAAUUUUUCAAAUGGUAAUGGGGUCUUGCAUUGGUGUGACUAGUGUCAUUGUACAUAUUAAUCCAACUAAAUUCGGUGUGGGAGCAGCCUCGGGCUGAGUCCUUGAAUCAAGUCACGGUUGGAGUAGAACUCUCUUGAUCAACUUAGAAUACAUAAGUGAACUUUUAUGUACUUUCUUUAUGCUGAUAUGUUAAAGUGGAUUUUUUGUAUUAAUUUUUUUCUUAAGAUUUUUAAAAGAUUUUCACAAGUAACCACACUUAAUAAAUAAAUUAUUCAAAAGAGCAAAUUUUAACUUUUGAUUGUUGAAAAAUUAAUAAUAUAAAUUGUUGAAUGCUUCUUCCAAUCUUUAUCUUGUUUUUGGGAAUUUAGUUUCUUCCACUGCUCUUAACAUGGGAGAUGUCGUCGGCCUCUGGCUAGCCUGGCCGAGAGGAGAUGAUCAAUGAUGGUGUUUAAGUUGGCAGGGCUUCUCUCAAGCGGUGACGAAGCCUCUCUCUUCUUUGGUGGAGGUUGGCUUUUCCCAACACAUUCUCGGCCCCGUCGUCGCGUCGGACAUGGAAGGCAGCGUAGGAAUAGACGUUGUAGCUCCUGGGCUUCAUGGAUUCAAACUAGUUAGAGCAAAUCCGACGUCUUUUGGCUUCUUCCUAUGGCGUUUACGUAGUCUUGGGAUCUCUCGGGGUUCGGAUCUGGGGUUAGGAGGUUCAUGGUGAAAGAGCGGCCUUCUAGUAGUGCGCUGUUGGGGUUUCGACCAGAGUUUGUGGCAACUUAUUUUCUGUUGCUGAGAUAUUUCCUUGUUUGUGUUUUGUUUGCCUUACUAUUUAUAUUGUUUCGUUCAUGGUUUCAGAUCUAAUAUUUUGAUUCAUCCUUGUGGUGGAUUCCGUUGGGUUUGAUCAUUUGUUUGAGUAGCCUUUAGGGCUGUUUGUCUGAGUAGCUUUUAGGGCUGUUUGUGGGUGUUGUUGUCACCUGCUUGUGAGUGCUAUUGUCACUCUUAAUCCUUUAAGGGUCAUUUGUUAUGUGCAAUUAUUAUGGUAGAUUGUCAAAGUUCUUGCUAUGAGAAAUUAAGGUUCUUUUCCACUGUUAA